CACCCGCGGGCGGGCGCGGCCCAGGAGCCGAGCGGCCAGAGGCGCUGGGCGAGCGUGGAGCCUGACGUCGGGGCCGGGGGCGCCGGCUGGCCCGGAGGCCGCGAUGAAGGCGAGCGGCGAAGACGGGAAGGCGCCGGCCGGGGGCCCAUGGGAGGAGUGCUUCGAGGCGGCGGUGCAGCUGGCUUUGAGGGCGGGACAGAUCAUCAGAAAAGCCCUUUCUGAGGAAAAACGUGUCUCAACCAAGACGUCAGCCGCAGACCUGGUGACAGAGACGGACCACGUGGUGGAGGCCCUGAUCCUGCAGGAGCUGCAGACCAGAUUUCCUUCCCACAGGUUCAUUGCUGAGGAGGCUGCGGCCGCCGGGGCCAAGUGCGUGCUCACACCCAGCCCCACAUGGAUCGUGGACCCCAUUGACGGCACCUGCAACUUUGUGCACAGGUUCCCGACUGUGGCAGUGAGCAUUGGCUUUGCUGUGAACCAGGAGCUGGAGUUUGGGGUGAUUUACCACUGCACGGAGGAGCGGCUGUACACAGGCCGGAGGGGCCAGGGUGCCUUCUGCAACGGUCAGCGACUGCGCGUCUCUGGGGAGACAGACCUGUCCAAGGCCUUGGUUCUAACAGAAAUCGGACCCAGAAGAGACCCCGCAACCCUGAAGCUGUUCCUGAGCAACAUGGAGAGGCUGCUCCACGCGGGUGCCCACGGGGUUCGUGUCAUCGGCAGCUCCACCCUGGCGCUCUGCCACCUGGCUGCAGGCACCGCCGACGCCUACUACCAGUUUGGCCUGCACUGCUGGGACCUGGCCGCAGCCACGGUCAUCAUCAGGGAAGCCGGGGGCGUUGUGAUGGACACAUCAGGUGGGCCACUGGACCUCAUGUCAUGCAGGGUGGUUGCUGCAGGCACACGGGAGAUGGCGGUGCUCAUUGCCCAGGCCCUGCAGACAAUUAACUACGGGCGGGACGACGAGCGGUGAGGGGAGCAGACACAGGGCCACCCUGGAUGGGGGCCUACCGGGAGCCUGGAGCUGGCAAGACCCUAAACAGCAGGAUUUCCUGAUCCCCAGAGGAGCCAUCAGGCCGAGCCUGGCUGUCCGGCUGAGCCUGUGUCUGGGUGCCUUUGCUGUCUGGUGUCUUCUCUUUAUGACUUCACGUCAGGUUAGUCCAGCCGUCCACCAGGACCGGAACCCAGAUCUCACAGGACAUAUGUGCUGAUAUUGCAAUCAUGAUUUUGUUUCCAGAAUGCAAAUCUCAGGUGAUAAGGCUUUAGAACUGCUGAUAAAGCAGGCUUGUUCUCAGCACCCCUCCCCGGCCCCCCAUGACACUUCAGAAUACAAUAAACCAAGUGACGCCA